UAGCCCGGCUCACUUUGAGCAUACCCUCCAUUUGUUUUGCUGGUGAAAAAGUCUCCAAGAUACCUUUUUCCUUUAACGGUUUCUUUAUUAAGAUUAUAAUUAUUUCAUAGGAUUGGUGCAUUUCUUAUAAAAUACACUAUUUACUCCGGCUCCGACAACCACAUCAGGUCCAUCACCAUCAGGAUCUGCAACGUCGGUUCCAUCGAGGAGUUUGCACGAGGGGAAGAGAUCCUUUUGAAGCAAAAAUGAGCUGUGUCAGACUGAAGAUAAAACUGAAUCAUCUUACUCAGCUGUGACAGAAGAAACACAAACUCAAGAUGAACGGCUCUGAUCAACCUAAAAACGUAUGUUCUCCCGAAUCAUGUCCGAAUUCAGUUACCAUGCCUGUUCAAGGGUGCCAGGUGUCAGGUCAAUUGAUCGUCAACACAAAUAACAUCAUCACCAACAUUGGAGGGCAGCAAAGCUCCUCAAAGACACCAAAGAAACUCAGACAUGAUGAAGAGUUUUUAAAGCUGCUAAAUCUUUUGGAAAGGCAUAAGACCAACAUGAAGAAGAAAUCAGAAAACAUAUUUGAGGUAAAGGAAAGGGGGAAAAAAAGACCUCCUAUGAAUGAGGUUUACAUAGAAAUGGUUAUUAUGGAGGGAGAUUUUGAAGAAGUCAAUCGUGAACAUGAGACUGUGAAGACUGAUGAAGCCUUCAAGACCAAUAAAUCACAGGAGAUACCCAUCAACUUUAAUGACAUAUUUCAGUCAAUGAAUAACGAGGAGAAAAUUGUUUUGACCAAAGGCAUCGCAGGAAUUGGAAAAACCAUCUCUGUAAACAAGUUCAUUCUGGAUUGGGCAGAGGAAAAGGCCAAUAAGGAUGUAGAUGCCGUGUUCCUGUUUCCAUUCAGAGAGAUAAACUUGAUUGCAGAGGAACAGAUAAGUUUCAUUGAGUUUCUACAAAAAUUGUAUCCUUUUCUGGAAAAAGCAAUGCUAACUAAGUUACUGACGAAAUAUAAAGUGGUUUUGAUCUUUGAUGGACUUGAUGAGAGUCGCUUGCCCUUGAAUUUUAAAAGCAGAAUGGUGUCGAAUGUUACGGAAAAAGCAUCUGUAGGUGAACUGUUUAUAAAUCUGAUCAGAGGUCAUCUGCUUCCAUCAUCUCUCAUCUGGGUAACAUCAAGACCAGCAGCAGCCAAUCAAAUCCCUUCUGAGUAUGUAGGUCUGUUCACAGAGGUUCGAGGAUUCACUGACCAGCAGAAGGAGGAAUACUUCAGAAAGAGAAUCAAAGAUGAAACUAAAGCUUCUAAAAUCAUCUCUCACGUUAAGAAGUCUCGUAGUCUCUACAUCAUGUGUCACAUUCCUGUCUUCUGUUGGAUCACAGCCACAGCACUUGAUUAUAUUCUCAAGAACAAUGAGGAAGACAUUGACAUUACACUUACUGAAAUGUACAUAAAAUUUUUGCUGAUUCAGAUGAACAUGAAGAACCAAAAGUAUGACCAAGAACAUGUAAGCCAGGAUAAAUCGCUGCUGAACUCAAACAAGGAUAUGAUUUUAAAGUUGGCUGAGCUAGCGUUUAAACAGCUGAUGAAAGAAAACAUUAUCUUCUAUGAGGAAGAUCUCCAGGAAUGUGGAUUUGAUGUGAGUAAAGAUUCAGAGUACAUAGGAAUGAUUGCUGAGAUCAUUCAGACAGAGGAUGGACUUCAUGAGAAGAAGAUCUUCAGUUUUGUGCAUCUGACUGUUCAAGAGUUCCUGGCUGCGCUGUAUGUGUUUGUCUGCUACCGCAACAAAGAACAUCAAAAACUUGACAAUUUCUUUAAAAGACUUCGAACGACCUCAAAUAUUGAUCUGCAUAACAUUCUAAUUGGGGCCAUUAAGAAAGCCAAGCAGAGUCAGAGAAGACAUCUGGAUCUGUUUGUUCGGUUUCUGCUGGGCAUUUCACUGGAAUCCAGUCAGAAGCUGCUCAUAGGUCUCUUCACAGACACUGAAGACACCACAGACAGCAUCAGAGAAACAACUGAAUUCAUUAAACGAUUAAAAGCCGAAGAUUCAUUCUCAGAUGAAGCUUCAGUCAAUAUGUUUUAUUGCUUACUGGAGCUCAAGGAUAAGUCAUUAUAUGAGGACAUUCAAAGCUACCUACAUUCACAUGCUCAUUUACCGACGCAUCUCACAUCUUCAGUCUGCACAUUGAUGGUUCAUGUACUGCUGAUGUCAGAGCAGGUGCUGGAUGAGUUUAACACAAAGAAAUACACUCCAGCAGGAUACAAUUACCAAAGAUUCAUCCCAGUUGUGAGAUGUUGCAGAAAAGCCCUAUUUGACAACUGUGAUUUGACCGCUGAGUCCUGUGAAAUUGUGGCUUCAGCUCUCCAAUCCUCAAACUCACCUGUGAAAGAUCUGGACCUGAGUAACAAUGACCUGCGGGAUUUAGGAGUGAAGCUCAUUUCUGAUGCUCUCAAGAGUCCAGACUGUAAAUUACACACACUGAGAUUGUCCAACUGUAAUCUGACUGCUGAGUGUUGUGAAAGUUUAUCUUCAGCUCUACAAUCCCCAAACGUAUCACUGAGAGAUCUGGACCUGAGUAACAAUGACCUGCAGGAUUCAGGAGUGAAGGUUAUAUCUGCUGCUCUCAAGAGUCCAGAAUGUAAACUACAGACACUGAGAUUAUCAGGUUGUAUGGUGACAGAUGAAGGUUGUAGUUAUUUGGCUUCAGCUCUGAUUUCAAACCCAUCAUCACACCUGAAAGAGCUGGAUCUGAGCUACAAUCACCCACAACACUCUGGAGUUCAGAUGCUCUCUCAGUGUACACUGGACAAACUCAAUUUGGAUCAUGGAGAAGAGUUCAGAAUUACUGCAGGACCACGCAAGUAUGCCUGUGAUCUCACACUGGAUCCAAACACUGUAAACGCUGCUCUCAUACUAUCAGAGGACAACAGAAAGGCGACAUGUGCGAUAUCCCCUCAGCCGUAUCCUGAUCAUCCAGACAGAUUUGAUUAUUUUUCUCAGGUUCUGUGUAGGGAGAGUCUAACUGGAUGCCAUUACUGGGAGGCAGAAUUGAGCGAGUCAAGCGCUAUUAUAUCAGUGACAUAUAAAGACAUCAGCAGGAAAGGAAAGAGUAAUGACUGUUUCUUUGCAUUUAAUGAAAAAACAUGGAGUCUUGAGUACAUUAGUGUUUACUACAUUGAUCAGAACAAUUAUAUUGACCAUUCAUCCUUUCGUGCUACUCAUGGUAAUAUGUUUAGAUUCAUAUCUGCUCCUUCACCUCGCUCUAAUAGAGUAGGAGUUUAUCUGGACUGGUCAGCAGGCACUUUGUCCUUCUACAGUGUCUCUGAUACACAAACACUCACACACUUACACACGUUCAACACAACAUUCACACAACCUCUAUAUGUUGGAUUUGGGGUUGAGGAUAAAGUGUCUCUCUGUGAGCUAACAAAUCUUUCAUCUCUCGAUGUAAGUCUAAUACAUUAUAAGAAGAGAUGGACCCAUCCCAGUGAAUUAUUCACAAGAGGUACAGAUUCAAAAAAGACCAAAUUAAGCAUCAAUAAUUUUUUGUUCAAAUCUGGCUGGCCAGAAAAAAUCACCCGGCCCAGAUGCAGGAUAAACGACGGCCCAGAAUUUCCCCAAGUACACUGGCCCAUGUCUGGGUGCUAAACAUGAGCAGACACUGCCAGCUCGUGUAGAUAUCACUAUUGUGAAAUACACAUAAUCGGAACACAGCUUGUUCCUUUUAAAGUACUAAGACUAAAAGCAAAAUAGGACGUAAUUACUGUAAGUAUUACCAUACACAUGCUAUUUCAUAUUAAUUAUACAUGGUAGUAUUGUUUGUUUAACCAUAUCAGAUACAUAAUUGUUUUACUGUUUAAACUCACCUACUGUAUGUGUCAGACAACGCUCUACUAUAAGCACCACCACACUCAUUAAUACAACAGUAUGCAUCUCCAUGAACAGUAAGAAGCCUUUCACAAUGUUGUUGUUGUUGUUACAGUAUGAUAACAGUUAUCAUCCUGUCAGUUUAAUAUGAAGGAUCCUAUCUUAGAUCCUCACGUGCAGAAUGUUUUUAUUAUUGUGUUUUUAGUUUUAUUCCUAACCAUUUAUUUACAUAAUCAUCAUAAUAAUUUUAUAAUCAUUAGUUAUACAUAUGUUUAUUUGUUAAUUCAAUAUUAUUUUAUCAUUAUCAAUUUCAUUAUGAUCAUUUUUAUCAUUAUAUUAUCAUUUAUUCAUUCAUUUAUUAUUCUUAUAUUUCUAUAUUUUAUUAUAUUAUUAAUUCAUUCAUUCAUUAUAUUUCAAUGUUUCAUAUGUCUUAUUGAUUUCAUUGUUGUUCAGUUAAUGAAUAGAUCAUUUAGGUAUAAAUUGAUCAACUUUGUUAAAAAGAAAUUACUCCAUUCAGUGUUAAAAGAUGUGGUACAGAGAUGUUUUAAAGAAAUUUGAAAUACAUGAGUGUAUAAUUUUGCUAUCAGAAGUGAGCAUGUUAUUAACAGAUUUAGUAUUAUUAUUUUAUUAUUAUUAUUAUUUGAGUAUUAUUUUCUCCGAAUUAAAAAAGUAAUUGAUUUUUUUCCCUGUUCAAGCCAUUUUACUCUAGCUCUUAUAAAUGCUUCUUUUGCUUUUUCUAUGUACAGAUCAUUAAGAUUUUUUGUUUCACUUUCACUUGGG